GUGUCUGUCGGGAUUAGGGUUCAUUCUAAUUCCGUGUGUAAACCAUCGGCGAGCUAUGAGAAUUUUUGCCGCUGUUUAAAAAAUAAUACCUUCGAUAUUGUAACAGCGGAAAUCUAUUUCUGUACGGUUGUGUGUUUUGUUUUAUAGGAUGUUUAUUAGAUGGUUUUCGGGGACACUCUACCAAAGACUACAAACUUUGCUGAUUCAUUUGAACUCACGGAAUUCUCUACUCUGAAGAAACAACAACAAUAUUGUGUUGGUAACAUGGGACUAUAACAGUCACUGUAAGCGACUACUUGUAUAUCUUGAUCAGAAGAGAUACAGUCGUGGAGGGAAGCAGGGUUCCUGGUCCAGCGUGGGAUGCUAGUGUGCUGGUGGGCGACCCGAGGCGCUGAGGGAGCAUGGUGAAGCACCAACCCUUAGCACCAACCCAGGUAUACGAGAAGCAGCUCUGUCUCUCCUUCGUCACUGGGAUCUACGGGUGCCGCUGGAAACGCUACCAGCGUUCCCAUGACGACAGCACUAAGUGGGAGCGUGCCUGGUUCUUCCUCCUCUGCAUCUGCUUCUUCCUGCUCCUGUUCUGGUCGUACUUCUGGCUGGAGGCGCACAAUGACUACAACGAGUUCAACUGGUUAUUGUACAACCGCUCGGGGGAAUGGAGAGAUGGCACGGUGCCUAUCCUCGCCUCCACCGCCGUGGGGUUCAGCUACAUUACAUUCCUGAUGAUCUUGGCGCUUUUUCACAUUUCCCUGGGGCAGCAGCUAAAUCUCUAUUGGAUCCACAAGAUUGGUGUGGUGGCUGCCCUCCUCACCACCAUCUCUGGCGUGGUCUCCAUCGAUGACAUCUGGGGCAACGAGUGGGACAUCGUCCUCAUCUCCUUACAGUCCACAGGGCCGUUCCUGCAUAUAGGAGCUCUGGCAGCAAUGACAGCGUUGAGCUGGCUUGUCGCCGGUCAUGUGAUCCGCACAGAGAGAUCCAGGCUGCAGACGGCCGUGCUGCUGGUGUACCUGGGCGUCCUGCUGGCGCUCUACACGGCGCCCCUCACCUUCUCCUUCCCCUGCGUCAUGGACCGCGGCGGCCUCAAACCGCGGCCCGACGUCAUUGGCCGACGGGGGGCCCCCAUGCUGGCUCCAGAGAACACGCUCAUGUCGUUCAACAAGGCGCUGCAGCAGGGCGUCAGCUCCUUGGAGGCGGACGUGACCGUCAGCGUGGACGGCGUGCCCUUCCUGAUGCGCGACGACACCCUGAGACGGACCACCGACGUGGGAAAGGUCUUCCCCCUCAGGCAGCUGGACGACGCCUCUUUCUUCAACUGGACAGAGAUUCGCUCCCUCAACGCCGGCAAGUGGUUUCUGAAGAGCGACCCCUACUGGACGGCCCGGUCUCUGACGGAGAGGGACCGCACCAGGAUAGGGAACCAGACGGUGUGCAGUCUGGUGGAGAUGCUCCGCCUGGCUGGCCGGGCCAACCGCUCCGCCCUGCUCAACCUGCGCCGCCCGCCCCCAGAACACCCGCACUACAAGACCUGGAUCAUGGACACUCUGUGGGCCGUCCAGAGGUCGGGCAUCUCUCAGAAGAGGGUGACGUGGACGCCCGACACGGACCGGGGGAGGGUGCGAGGCCUGCAGCAGACGUCCCUGGAGAAGGCGUCCGUGGAGGAGCUCCGACACAGGGGCAUUAGCAGCCUGACUCUGCACUACAGCCAGGCCAGCUACAAAGACAUCCAGAAGUACCUGGCCAACAACAUGAGCGUGACGGUGUACCCGGUGAACGAGCCGUGGCUCUACUCGGUGCUGUGGUGCAGCGGGGUGUCCUCCGUCUCCACGGACGUGCCCCAGGUCCUCCGGAAGGUGCCUUACCCCGUCUGGAUCAUGAGUCCGGGUGUGUACUCCUUGAUCUGGAUGACGUCCGACCUGGUGUCCGUCGCGGUAGUCAUAGGAGUUUUUAUUUUUCAAAACUAUCACGUUAUCAGGUGGAGGAUGAGCGGCAUGCAGAGCUACAACCCGGAGCAGAUCAUGCUGAGCGCCGUGGCGCGCCGGCCCAGCCGCGACGUCAACGUCAUGAAGGAGAAACUCAUUUUCUCAGAAAUCAACAACGGGGUGGGGAGCGCCGAGGAGUUGUCUCUGUUCCCACAGAACGGUUACGCCAGCUACUCUCAGGGAGGUAUCACCCACUGAAAACUCGGAUACUGUUGCAUCCGUGCAAAAGACUGGAAGACUGGGUGGGGGGGGGGAGUGUUUUUGAGAUUUCAUAGUUCUCCAAUGUUUUGUCAUUCUCCGGUGGCGUGAUCUCUGUGUUUGAAGCGAUCGGUUGUUCUUUUCCACGACUGUUUCCUUCUUUCGUUUUCUUAAAGUCGAGGGGAAGAUGCUGCUGUACAUUGUUGUAAAUAUGGGUCGUUUUACUUUUUAUUUGACAUUUUCCCUCUGAGAGGAUUUUCAUGGUUUGGAGUUCUGAAUCGUACGGUAUAUAAAUUCACUCUCAUUCUGAGGUGUGAGCUCUCCUAUCAAUGUGAGAAUUCGGAUAUUUACGGUUGAGUGAACUUCCUCUGUUCUUGCUGUGAAGUUUAUCAGGUUAGGACAUCAGUGCUUAAAUGAGUUCAGGUGUAUUUGCUUUAGUCGAUGUUUUAGUCAAAUUUCCUCUGCCACUUUACUGGCAUGCCAUUGUUGGUUCACUUAAGGUAUUUUUGUUUUCCCAAAAAUUCACAUGGCUGCCUUUUUCACUUAGUUUAUGAUUGGGUAGAAAAUUAAUUCGAUAUAAAUAUAUGGGCUGUGUCUUAUAGUGUCUAGAAGGUUAUCAUACAGUAUAUGGCAC